AUUGCGUCUCCUGCAGAAGUCGCUGGGCCGAGGAGAAGCGCCGGAGACUCGCGGCUGGAGGCAUCGCGGGCUGUGGGGUUUGCCACUGACACGAGGAAGGAGCUGCCACAUUUCCUGGCUACGUGGAGAUCCGCAGUUUUUUCUCCCCUCCAAAGGUGUUCGCCUCCCGACCCACCGCCCACCACGGCCCUCACCUGUGUGUUGCGGUGCUUCCCUUGUGAGCCGACCUGGGCUGGCAGUCCGUUCUUGCACCGCCCGCCAACCCCGCCCAUGGUCAGAAUGACGCGCUCCAAGACCUUCCAGGCGUACCUGCCGAGCUGCCACCGGACCUACAGCUGCAUCCACUGCCGAGCUCACCUGGCCAACCACGAUGAGCUCAUCUCCAAGUCAUUCCAGGGCAGCCAGGGCAGAGCCUACCUGUUUAACUCAGUGGUGAACGUCGGGUGUGGCCCUGCAGAGGAGAGAGUGUUGCUCACAGGCCUGCACGCAGUAGCAGAUAUCUACUGUGAGAACUGCAAGACGACCCUGGGCUGGAAAUACGAACAUGCAUUUGAGAGCAGUCAGAAGUAUAAAGAGGGCAAGUUCAUCAUUGAGCUGGCCCACAUGAUCAAGGACAACGGCUGGGACUGAGGGACAAGCACCCGGGACAUGACUGACCGCAACAGUGGAGGGGGGGUACAAAUGGAUAGAGGAGGGGGAGCAGGGGGGGAACGUGUGUGGUGGGUGAGUGUGUGACUUUGGUUUGGCUGAUUUACCAUUAACCUUUGUAACUCUCUGCCAAUCCCUCCCUACCAUGGCUCUUGAUGUACACACACACACACACACACACACACACACACACACACACACACACACACACACACACACACACACACACACACACACACACACACACACACACACACACACACACACACACACACACACACACACACACACACACACAUCAAGAUCCCAAACAUCCCAGCUUGACAGACUAGGCAGGCUUGUAUGCAGCUAGCAGGACUAGGUGACUGGCCAGCAAUAGUGAUGUCUUUUUUUCUCGUUUUUUGUUUGUUUCUGAAACAUGAUUCGAUAACUCUUAAAAAGGUGAUAACACUCCUUUUAUACCUUCUAGGAAACAUUGACAUUGUCUGAAGCGCUCCAUCUUGUCUAACAAUGACGUUAAAGCCAGUUGUUGACAGGUGAUUCAGUGGAAAUUUAGCCGGAAGGAGGGCAGUCGGCACGGCACGGCAUGGCGUGGGUUCAUUGGCCUGAAGCGCUGAUGGACAUUCACUCCGUAGCAUGAAUGAGAUGAGCUAAAAUCCAGCUGAUCGGGGCCGUGCCAGCUGGGCCAGUGAUGAGGCCUGGUGCUGAGGCUUGGCACGGAGGCCUGAGCAAAUGGGCGUGGGGAGGGGCGGGGGGGCUCACUCAGCUCAGUAUGGUGGUGAGGAGAAGAUCCUGAUCCAGUUAUGCAGAGGCUUUAUGGCAUUCUGGCCGGGAUCCACUCCACGUCUUGCUGGUGAUGCAGUUGACGACGAGCAGAGUGAGCCCACAGCGAACAGAACGACGGCCAUUGGCUCGUCCUAAAACCUCGCAGGAAUUUGCUCUCGCAGCAGCAGCAGCAGAGCAGCUCCCCCUGGGGUUUAUUCUUCGUUCGAUUCGUAGUGUCAUGUAAAGUGAUCUCGUCAUCCCUCCUUUGUAUGUCUGGUGCCGGCGGAAUCGCUGCGUCCACCUUUGUUUCUUUGUCACAUAGAAUUAUACAACAUAAGCUUGUCUCAGGUGAGCGACUUUCGCUGGGAUUCCCAAAGGUUUCUGUUGUUGGUCAAUGACCAUCGAUGACGAGGCUCCAUCAGCUAGUGGGGGCCCGCCAGUGAUCAUUCAGACACAAACACAACCACUGUUAUCAGACAAAAAACAGACUUACUCAGUUUGAUUUGAAAACACAAAUGGCCAAAGCAUGACUGGUUUCAUGGGCUUAGGGAAAAUGAAAAUAGUAAAAAAAAAAUCAACUCAAAUAGUAAGUAAUGAUUUUUACUGAAGUAACGAGGUAUAGACAUGACCACAGAGGUGUGCAUUAAAGAUGCAUAUGUAUAAACAGGUAAUACCCAUCACUCUUAGGCUCUAUUUCAGUCUGGGAUGGCGGUUGUUUAACUGCUGUUACACCGACUUUCACUAACAUAACAAACCAACUGGGCAACAUUGUGAAGCAAUGCACUAGAUAGAUAUAUUUUAUAAUUUGUUUGUACCAAGACAUUAUCUUUUUCGGUUUUGCCUCAGAUUUAGAUCAUUUUUCACGUUUUUUCCACCUCAGUUGACUCACUUAAUAGUCCUCAUGCAUCAUGGACCUUUGAGUUAUGAUACCUGGGUAAUAUUUGUGGCAACAUUUAUGAAAAUGUAUUAUUUUCGAAUUAGAUUUAAAACUACAGCUUUCUGAUCAGAUUUGUUCUCAGUCCUCAUGUUUUUGUGGAAAAAGAGAAAAACUUCACGUGUAUGAGAGUUGCACUGAAACCUUGUGCUGUAAUACAACAUCUAAUGAGAUAGAUCACCGCUCAUUUGAGCUGUAAGAGCCCAAAAGCAUAAGAGAUUGUAAAAACAAACUGAGUUGCCCUGUCACAUGUAGUUUCCUGUUAUUGUGAAAACUGCUCUAGAAGUUGCCCUGUAUAUGGUGUUACCCUGUUAACUCAAAGUAAACGGUUAACUCUCCUCAGUAAUACUCAGCAGCUGCCCGCUCAGUCGGAGGCUACGACAUGAAACCCAGCACAACCAAAGAAGCCACCCAUCAACAAUAAGUUGCCCAAACAAGAUGAAUCUUGUUUGGGCAAAGUGUUGCAGAACAAGGGGGUGUGUGUAUAGCUGAAAGCCAAGGUUGUGGAUAGCCUUUCUCUGUGAUAUAUGUAAUGCAUUAUGAUUUUGUAAACAAAAAGAUCUUAAUAUAUGAAUAUAUUCUAUUUACUGUAUUCACCACGAGGAUUACCAUUAAUGUCGACCUCUGUGUUACAGACUGUAAAUAGUGUUAAUGUAUUGUGUUUUAUCUAUGAUCCAUAUGAUAAUGAAUGAAUAUGAUUUAGGACAUGUCAUGCUUUCUCUCUGGUACCCCACAUUGGCUGUACGAUACUACUUUUAUACUGAAAAUGUUUCAAUUUUAAUGUCUUUUGUAAAGGAGGAUGCUGAUGUUGACUAUAUAUCAUUGGAUCUUCAUCUAAUAAAAAGCACCUUGAUAUCUGUA